AUGAACGCGCACUUCAGGAGCUUCGCGCGGAGCUCUGGGAUCGGCGUGGAUGCGGAAAACCUGCCGUCCCGAUUUUUUCCUGACUCGAUCUUCCGGGCGGACGUGCUUAUGCCGCUGUUCGUUCCCCCCUCGGCCGGUCCCUGCUUCCGCGGGCCGGCGGGGGGAGAGCUCCACCCGGCGAGGGCCGCGCUUGGGGGCCGCGCCUGCGCUGGCACGUGCAGGCGACGGUGCGGCCCUCCGUGCAGCGAGGCCCGUCGGCGGCAGCCCAGACGGUGCAAAAGGGAGCAACUCGAGUUCGGAAGGGGCUGGACGCAGCGCUCCUGCGGCCAGAAUGGAGCUCCGUUCCUUGUCUAG